AUGGGCUGCUCUCCGUCCAAAGGAAACCGCUGGGCCGCUGAAGCUCCAGCUCCGUUCAGAGAGGAAGGUGCUGGGAUGGAGACGGACUCACAGCCUGAGGACAGACACACAGACGCUGUGAAUAAAACUGAGACAGUGGGAGGAGACAACACAUCGCUAACCCUGAAGGAGACCCCUACAGGACCCCAGGAGGAGGUGACCCCUGGGGUUUGCACAGUCUUGGGCAAAGUGAGCAGCCGAGGGGAUGAAGUCUGUGUGGCUUCUGAGGGAAAGGAGGCUCAGGGCGAUCCCAAGGAGGAAAAUCUGGGGAAAACAGCAGAAGGGAGGCCAGGAGGGAGCAAAGAAGACAAGAAUAGCAGGCAAAAAGAUACAGAGAAAAAACCUCCAGCAAUCACGCUGAAAGCAGACUUCCCCCAGGCCGUGGCGAAGGCUCACCAGGCUGCUGUCACCUACCUGGACCCCAGCGUCUCCAAAUGCGAGGCCCUGCUGGGGCUGCUGGGGCAGGCUGUGCACACCCAGCUGUCCCUGCGGCCCAUGGUGGCCUUCGUGGUGCAGCGUCACGAGGAGCUCACCCGCGGGCUGGAGGAGAUGGCCGCCGAGGGAGAGCGGCUGCUGAGGGAGCACGGGGACGGCCUGGCCUGGCCCCCCCUGAAGGAGGCCCCCUCCGGCAUGGCCCCCCCUGACCCCCUGCAGCAGCUGCAGCAGGCCACAGAGAGGAUGAGGCUGGCGGAGGAGGCGGUGCGAGGACAGAGCGACUCCUCCCUGCAGGAGGCAGCUGGAUACUUCGCCUCCCUCUCCGAGCUGCUGGGAGAGAAGCUGAAGGCCAAGCGGGCAGCGGAGGGCCGGUUGCUAUGGGUGAUUGCCCACAUUGAGGCCGCUGCCUUCCAGAAACCCUGCCCCGAGGACUCCACCCUGCACAGCGAGGACAGCGGCAUCGGGGCGGAGAGCGAGUCGCUGGCGGGGUCUGAGAGGCAGCGGCGGCACCGCGGGAGCUGCGAGUCCUCCGGCACCGUCUGCACCCGGCUGCGGUGCCAAACCGCCCAUCCCACCGGGGACACAGGGGGCAGGAACGGGCCGGCUGCCAACAUCAACACCAGCUUCUCUCUCAAUUCACUGGACUCCACCUGCAACGGCAGAGAACCGACCGGCAUAAAGUAUCUGCAGGGCUCAGAUGAGGAGGAAGAUUUUGAUGAUGAUGAUGAAUAUUAUGACGAUGAAGAGGAGGGUGAGAGUAAGUGCAGGAGGAGGUCCAACUCUUCCCCGCCUGACCCCAGUCAGCUGGGCCGCCCCCGGGACGGUGUGCGCAGCGAGGAGAGGUCAGCAGGUGGCCGGCGGCGAGCUCGAUCCGCAGAAUCCCUGCGCGGCCGAGCGGACGACCCCGCCCUGUCAGAGCCAGAGAGCACGCGGGGGUGUGGGAGGAGCCGGGGCAGGGCAGGAGGGCGCGGGGAAGCCCUGGGGCAGGUCUACAGGCGCUUACGGUCCUCUCUGGACAGGAACUUCGGCACCUUGCCCAGUCAGGACAGGGUGGGGCUGAAAGCACACUGCUGGAGGUACCAGGAGGAAGGAAAGGGGGAUGAGGAGAAAGAGUGGAAAAGGAAGGAGAGAAGAGCAUGGAGGGGCCCCCUGCGGGCCGGCCUGCAGCCCAGCCCCCCUCCCUCAGCACACUCUUACACAGUCCCCGCGGGCAGGAACUCCGUCAGGAGGCUGAUCAACACCUUCAGCCAGAGGACUGACACACAACAGCAACCCUCUAACAUCAAGGGCUUUGUCAGCAGGACUAGGAACUGCAGAACUUCCACCACACUCAGCACAGGGAACAGGGAGACAGUCACCAACCGCAACCACAAUUACAGCAGCUGUCAGCUGGACCCUAAGGCUUCAGAAAGACCAGAAGAUCUUGACGUAGACAGCCUGCCACCCCCUCCCCCCGAGGUCCUGAUGGACCAUUCCUUUGAGUGUACGGCGGGGCCGUCUGCAGGGGGGCGGGGGCGGUCUGCUGCCCCGCCCAGGGGCGGGGUGUCCCAGCGGCUGCGCGCCUCCCUGCAGACAGUCACCCUGCUGCCCAGCCGCAGCAGCCUGCCCCCGCUGCACCCCCCCCUCCCGCCCGGGGCAGACCCCGGCAGGGACGAGGCUGCCACCCUCUACCGGCAGGCCAGAAAGAUCAUCCACCUCAGGCACGCAGCCGAGUCGCCGGUUAGGAAGAUGGAGCCCAUGACACGGUACGCUAACAGCCAGCCCCCCAGCACCCCGCCCGUCUCCAGAGCCCGACUGCCCCCCUCCGCCCCCUCCCAUCACACGGGGGAGAGCCCAGCCUCCGGCCUCCCUGCGUACCCGUUUAAGGCGCGCUCCACAUCGGCGUCUCCCAGGGUGCAGCGGUGGACCCGGGGGGGGUGUGGGGAGCAGAGGGACUCACACCCGUCCUCUCCCUCCCCCUCUUUCAGCGAUGCUCGCUCUGUGUUCUGCCACGUCCCACCGGACCCCCCCGCGUGGACCACGUCCCACCAGCUGGGGCUGCCGCGGCCGUACGGGGAGCCCUCUCGGGGCAGGCUGCCCGUGUCUGUGAGGGGCCCCCAGCCUUUCGUCAGGCGGAGUCAGUCAGACAGCCGGUCCAGCGCCCCCCUGCUGCCUGGCUCCGCCCCGCCGCCUGGCUCCGCCCCUCUGCCGCCUGGCUCCGCCCCUCUGUCGCCCGGCUCCACCCCUCUGCUGCCCGGCCCCGCCCCUCUGCCGCCCGGCUCCGCCCCUCUGCCGCCUGGCUCCGCCCCUCUGCUGCCUGGCUCCGCCCCGCCGCCUGGCUCCGCCCCUCUGCUGCCCGGCUCCGCCCCUCUGCCGCCUGGCUCCGCCCCUCUGCCACCCGGCUCCACCCUGCCACCCACAGCCACGGAGACCCACAGCUGCGAGACCGAGCCUAGCACUGACUGGCAGGAGUAA